UUACGAAGAUGAUUUGAUGGGGAGAUGGGCUUACGCUAACGUAUCUCUAGUUAUAAUACUAGUUAUUUGCCACACGUUUCAAGGCGAACCGUAGGGCAAAAGUCGCCUUUGGUGCGCUCGCGAAAGUGUAGCAGACAGCCUCCAUCAUCUCAAAAUAAAAACAAUCACAGAUAUCCUACUUUCUGAUGAAAGUGGGUUGUCGAGUUUCUUCCUGUUAAGUCGGGAUUUUAAUGAUCAGACACUUUCUCAGUGAACGUCACCGUAGGGCUAAAGCGUUUUGCACUGGGGUGAUGAGCUCUUUAGACAUGUCGGUGACAUUGAUAGUGAAAGCGCCUAACCAGCAAAUUGAAGAUCAAACUAUUCAGUGCGAUCUCAGCUGGACAAUCAAGCAUUUAAAGGGAUACUUGUCGGAGGUAUACCCAAGCAAACCUCGCACAGAAGAACAGAAACUAAUUUACUCCGGACAUUUACUCAAUGAUUCAUGCACCCUACGUGAAGUUCUGCGUACAUAUGAAGAAGGUCAAGACCAGCACACAGUGCAUCUAGUUUGUGCCAGAAACUCUAUGGUUCCUCCGAAAAAGCCAGAUGCUGCUGGAACAUCAAGUGAAAUUCGGAGAAGGCACACAGGUGCUCAAGGUGCUAGUGCGAGCAGUGCAGGCGCAAGUAGCAGCAACUCUAGUGUCAAUGCCAACAGCAGCAGCGCUGCUAGUAGUUCAAGCAAUGUUCCUGACAACACCAGAUCCCACUCCAGCCCUUCUGUAAAUACACACCCCUCUCAGCCGUCAGGGCCGGAAGGUCCAGCCCCCCCUGCCCCAGAUCCUCGCCAGGCAAUACCUCCCUUCUACCCUGGACCUCAAAUCCCUCCAUUUGCUCAGUUCCCACAAAUGCCGCCUUACGUCCCUCCUCAGGUCAAUCCAUGGACACACGCUCAGUAUGCGGCGUGGAUGCAUCAGGCGUAUGCGCAGUACAUGACCCAGUAUAUGCAAAUGAUGUCUCAAGGAUCAGCGAGCCCAUUCCCUUGGCAGCUGCCCCCGAAUGUCUCAGUGCGUGGCCCACAGCCUAACUUUGAGCAACCUGGUGCAGCCCCGGGCCAAGCAGGCAAUGUGGAACGGGCUGCUGGAGCUGAAGAAGGCGAAGAGGAUGAAAAUGGAGGCCGAGAUUGGCUGGACUGGUUCUACAUGACGAGCCGUGCUGCUGCUGUUUUUGCCUUUAUAUACUUCUACACAACUCCCAUGCGGUUUCUGUUUGUCUUCUGCCUUGCCCUCUUGAUGUACCUGUACAAGAUUGGUUUCUUCAGACCUCUUGAUGAAAUUGUUCAAGUGGUCGAUAACAACAAUGAUCCAGCAAGAGUUGAUGCAGCUGCAGCUGCGGCAAAUAAUGUAAACAAUGACAAUAACAACAAUCACCAGCCCCCUGGCGAAGCGAACCCAGCUGCAGCUGCCGCUGCUGCUGCUGCGGCACCACCUGCACCUGCUGCGCCUGCACCCCAUGCAGAUGGGGCUGAGGGCAAUGCCGAAACACCAGAGAAUAAUGCAGAGGGAGUCGUGCCAGCAGCUGGAGCCCCAGCUCAACCUCCUGUGCCUGACAGACCAUCUCUCUUAGCCUUGACGUGGACCUUCUUUACGAGCUUCUUCGCUUCUCUCAUACCGGAGCAGCCGGGAGUCAUCUAAGUAAGGAGCAAACAUUGUUUCUCCGGGGCGCACCCAGCACAUCUGUGAUCAUUGGUUUGGAAGAGCAUAGACAUACACAUCGCUCCUUCUAAGCACUUUAAUGUUACCACUCUGGUUUGGUGGUGGUGUCGAUGACAGCAACACCAUUAGCCAGCUUCAUUUAGAUUAUGUUUCAAAUUUUUGAAAAUUAGCGAUUGGAAAUUUUGAUUGAGCUUUGGAGAAAGGAUCUUUCUUCGGUAAUAAUAGUAAUAAUAGUAGUACCUUCCAACAGCACUGUUCUUCCCUGUUUCAUCCUGUUAUUAGAAAUAUUUGAAAUAUUUGAGCUGAAAGUUCUGCAAUGAUUCCAUAUUUUUCAGUUAUUGUUUAUUGCUGGAAGGAGUAUUGUUGUAAGGCCCAAAAAGGUUUUUCCCCCCCUUUAAAUUUUAAAAUCUCAAAGGGUCUUGCUUCUUACAUUCCUAUCUCAUUCAAACUCAUUUAUUAAGAGGUUAAUUUUUUUACUGUUGGAAAUGGGAUGCUAGAUUUUCACUCCAGUGCCAAUUCCAAAUUUUGAAUGACGAAAAAAGCCAUAAUCUGUUUAGUGAGUUGUGAUACAAGAAAUUCUUACUGAUUAUGUCCAAUAGCUCUUCUUAAAAAUGGGAAACAAAAAAAGAAAACAAAAAAAGUAACGUAGGAGUAGUAAAGAUUCUUUUCUUGCUUAAAACAAAAAAAAAGUUAGCUCUUUGAAAUCUACUAAUCAGAUGCCCUUAAUUAAUGAACAUGCUUAAUUUGUGAAGCCAAAAAUAUUCAUAUCAAAAAGAAUAUUUAUUAUAAUUUAUUGGUUUGUUAGCUUAUAAUAAUGACUCUUUGUAAGUCAUUCAAUCAAGUGGUUUCUACAUACACCAUCUCAUGUUUUCAUUUGAACAUUUGCAUUAUGUAUUCCAAAGAAAGGCUGGUCAACAUGAUCGGUUUUAUUUUCUAUUGAGUGUGGCAAAUAUUAAUUUCAUUAAGGGUCAGUAUAAAGCUUUGGAGAGAUGUUAUUUAUGGAAGUCCCCACUUGUGUACUUUUUUCUUUUUGUUGAUACAAUUAGUUUGUUGUGAGUAACACUGGUGGUAUUUGUACUUUUCAUAGAGCAGCGCAAUGCUGUUAUUGCCUGUCUCGCUCCAUGUGUUCAUGUGAUGGGAGGUUUGCUUGGAGUGAGAGUCAUUUGGAGAUUUGACACUUUGACGACUGAAGUUUUUUCUUCCUCGCGAUUCUUACUUUGUUUUUUCUGGGUCAUGCAUCAUUUCUGUAAGGACGAGAAAUUUUCUUGCAGUCUGUGUUCUUGUUUUGUUUUGAUGUUUAAUUUAUCAUUUGCAUAUCUAAGGGACCAGUUUUGUAGCCUUCCCUUUUGUUGCCCCUUCUUUCGACCUGUAUCUCUGCAUGAUACUUGUGGACCUAACUAAAUUGUAACAAAUGCUCUGGCUUGCUGUCUUUGUGUCACGUGUGCAUUGACUGCAAUGGUCUUGAUUUUGUAGCAAAAUCAGACUCAUAAAUUGCAGGCUUAAUUAUAUUAUCAAUGGUGAAGUUAUACCUCUAAUUUGCUGGUUUGCUUUGUCUGUGAGCUGAACAGAACCUGUAAACCAAUCUCCAUGCUCUUUAAGAGGCAGACCUUUUCACACCUUGGAACAUACUUUGUAAUACUUUUUGGUGAGGAUAAUGUGCUUGAUAUCGGCUUGACAUGAAGGGUAAUUGUAGGUUAUACCCAUCACACAUUCCUUUCAGGACCUUUUUUCCAUCCAAGGAAAUGCAUACUUUUAUAUGGUGUCUAUACUGAGCAUCCCUUUUGUAACAUGCUUUCCUCUGCUUUACAUCGCAGAGGUUGUUGACUUUUGAGGACUUUUUACCUACUUACGUAACAAUUACAGUUAGAAUUUUCACUUUUGAAAGUAGUAACUAGUCCAACUCUAGAAAAUUUGAUUCAUUUAUGUGAUUUUCAAAGCUUUUGAUGGUUCUGCUCAUGGCCAUGGUGAUAAGUGAAUUUAGAUUUUUAGUUUGUACCAGUUUUCUCUGUGUGGGAGAGAGUGGUUCGUACAAUAUGAUAAAUUAUUAUUUCUUUGUUGUUAGUUAAAGAUCUGUGAUAAACAUAAAGAUCAUUGAAAGCAAAGAGAAAUUGGAGUGAAUGUGCGAGAAUGUGUGUCAAUGAGUGAAUGAAGAAGUGUGUUUUGGAGAUAUAUUUUUAUCGAUGCAUAUAAAUAAUAAUAAAAUGUUGAUGCUUUCUUUCUUGCCUCCUCAAGUCAUGGUUUGUCAUAAGGAAUUAUUAUUUUCUUGAGUGCCUGAGGAGAGUUAUUUAAGAAAGGUACAUAUAAAUUAAAUUAAAAGAGGUUCUUUUAAUUUUUGUUUGACCAGAUUGUUGGCAAAUUUGACAGAAAAUUAGAAUUCUUUAUGCCAAGAGUAACUUUCUGUUAUGAAAUGAAAUAGGCAAUUUUGUUAUCCGUUAUCAAGCUGUCAUGUUAGCUUCUUGUGCUUUAACUGCGACUUUGUAUAUUUGUUUGAAUAUAAUUGUAUCCCUUAGUUACUGUGUAUAUUGUACAGUUUGAUCAAUACAGUGUUAUUUUAAAA